AUGGCACUCAUUCUAUCUUUCUAUUUCAGUCUAGCCGACCGACAAAUUUCUAUCUGUCAUUCUAUCUAUCUAUCUAUCUAUCUAUCUAUCUAUCUAUCUAUCUAUCUAUCUAUCAUUUUCUGCCUUCUACUCUCUCUCUCUCUCUCUCUCUCUCUCUCUAUCUAUCUAUCUAUCUGUCUGUCUGUCUGUCUCGUUGUGUCCGUUUCUUUCAGAUCGAUAUUUCUCUCUGACUCGUUACAAUAUAUUUUCCUUCUGUCUACCUUUUUUUUUUAUUUCACUUCUCUUGGGCCCACCCUCACUACCCUUAUUAAUGACACCCAAUUCACCCCUGUUACCUUUUUAUUCCCUUCUUUUUUUCCUGUUUGUCCCUGUCUCUUGAAUUCUCCAUCCAUCGAUAAAACAUACAUUUUUUCUUCCUUUCUUCUUGAUCAUUUUCAUUUUGUAUCUUUUUCUCAUGAAUUCAUUAUUUUCCACUUUCCAACUUCAUUCUUUUCUGAUUCCUUUCUCCUUAAUUCUCAUCUUUUCGCUUCUUUUUAUUCGUUUUGCUUCUCCACUUUUAUUCUAACCUGUUUAUAG